GGGACAGCUGUGGCUCGCCUUACAUGAGCUAAAUUGGGAACUGGAAUGUCACACAAAUGCCCCUUGUCUCCCUACCCCCACAGUAAUAUUAACCUCUCUAGCGAGCAAGGGACAAAGAGUACUGCCUGUAGAGUGAGCACGAGGGUGGUUUGGGGGAGCAAGAGAAUUUCUCAGGGGGAGCUAAAGGGACAAGUUUGUGGAGACGGCUCUGAACAGGGAGUGCAGACAGAAGCGUCUGGAAAUAGCCAGGGUGAGAGGGGCCGUUAGAGGGAGAGAAACAGGAAACAUCACCCUUUCAAGAGGGAGCAAGAUCAGGGAUCCUAAGAAUCCACAGACAGCCUAAAGUUUACAAGAAGUGUGCACAGGCAGCGAGAGAAGGCCAGAAACAGGGCCAAGGCAGGCACUAGAGCGCCAAGGGAUGAACUUCACCGUGGGUUUCAAGCCGCUGCUAGGGGAUGCACACAACAUGGACAACCUGGAGAAGCAGCUCAUCUGCCCCAUCUGCCUGGAGAUGUUCUCCAAGCCCGUGGUGAUCCUGCCCUGCCAGCACAACCUGUGCCGCAAGUGUGCCAAUGACGUCUUCCAGGCAUCUAACCCUCUGUGGCAAUCCCGGGGCUCCACAACUGUAUCUUCAGGAGGUCGUUUCCGCUGCCCAUCUUGCAGGCAUGAGGUUGUCCUGGACCGGCAUGGGGUCUACGGCCUUCAGCGGAACCUGCUAGUGGAGAAUAUUAUUGACAUCUACAAGCAGGAAUCCUCCCGGCCACUGCACUCCAAGGCUGAACAGCACCUCAUGUGUGAGGAGCACGAAGAUGAGAAGAUUAACAUCUAUUGCCUGAGCUGUGAGGUGCCCACCUGCUCUCUCUGCAAGGUCUUCGGUGCCCACAAGGACUGUGAGGUGGCCCCUCUGCCCACCAUUUACAAACGCCAAAAGAGCGAGCUGAGUGAUGGCAUCGCGAUGCUGGUUGCAGGCAAUGACCGUGUGCAAGCAGUGAUCACGCAGAUGGAGGAGGUGUGCCAGACCAUUGAGGACAACAGCCGCAGGCAGAAGCAACUGUUAAACCAGAGGUUCGAGACCUUGUGCGCCGUACUGGAGGAGCGCAAGGGCGAGCUGCUGCAAGCGCUGGCCCGGGAACAAGAGGAGAAGCUGCAGCGCGUGCGGGGCCUCAUCCGUCAGUACGGAGACCACUUGGAGGUUUCCUCUAAGCUGGUGGAGUCCGCCAUUCAAUCCAUGGAGGAGCCGCAGAUGGCUCUCUACCUCCAGCAGGCCAAGGAGCUGAUCAACAAGGUCGGGGCAAUGUCGAAGGUGGAGCUGGCAGGACGGCCGGAGCCAGGCUAUGAGAGCAUGGAGCAAUUUUCUGUGAACGUGGAGCACGUGGCCGAAAUGCUGCGGACCAUCGACUUCCAGCCGGGCGCCGCGGGGGAUGAGGAGGAUGACGAGGUGGCUUUGGAAGGGGACGAGAGCAAUGCAGGGCUGGAGGAGGAGCGGCUGGACGGGCCAGAAGGCCUGCACUGACCAGACCCUGAUUCAGAGUGCGAGCCCGCAACGGGAGGCAAGGCAUGCUGAGGACCGGCUCAGAGACCACGGCGGCGCAACCCAGCUAGGCAUCCCGCCCCCGGGAAGGGUCUCAAUAAAAGAAUCUUGCGUCCUACGUCCCGUCUUCUUUCCCUGCCCACUCCAAGUCUCUGCUGUAGAAGCAACCUCGCCAUCAGUCUGCCCUUUCUCAACCCGAGAUCACUAGAAGGGGUGGAGGGGGGAUGAUAACCCCCGGAUGAGCACCUCCUUUACACCAGAGGUGGACUCCUGAGCCCGAGACCUCGAAAGGAGUGGGGUCUCAGGACCCGAGUUCCGGGCUGGGGGAAGGGCGAUGAGUCCCCGGGGACUUAACUGAUAGCUUUCCUCUCCGGUCCCGCUUAGCAUGCUUGUGUCUGCUACCGGCCUGGGGAGCCCCUCUCCCCCCCAGAGUUCCCUCCCUUCUACAGUUGCCGUUGCCGCCCCGCCUCCCCACGACAGACGAAAGAGGCUAAGCUCUAGGGCAGUUUUAUUUUUUUACAAAAAUAACCACACAGAGUGCUCAGGGUGACUCUGGCGGCACUGCACCGAGGGACUAAGCCAGCUUCGGUCGCGUGAGCUUCAGCCCCGGGGUAGGCAGGGGGAAGGGUCGAGCCUUUCGGGGUCCCACACCGGGCGGAUCACUUGCCCACCGCGUUGAGUAUGAUGCGGUUCUGCUCUGCGCGCUCGCGCUGGCUCUGUGUCCGGGCCAGCUCCAGCAGGGUCCGCAGCAGAUGGAAUGUGAGGUCGAUGGACAGCGGAGGAUCGUCUCGUCGCUGCCGCUCGCCUGCGGUCCCCGAUCCCGCGCGGCGCGGGAAGCGCUCGGCUAACAGCAAGAGGAGUGCGCGGGCGCCGCCGCCCUGAUUCCGCGCCCCGGGACUCCAUCGCAGAUUCGGAUCCUGGACCCCAGUCGCCGCCUCAGUCGCCGGGCUCCACUGGCUGCUCCCGGGGCGCAGUUGUGCCAGGAGCAGCAGUGCCACUAGGAGCGCAGCGCGUCCCCUCUGCCUCAUGGUGCCGCCUGCCCUGGACACACAGGGGCAGCAUAGGGUGAGGUGCGCUUGGAGCAGCCGCAGGUGACACGAGCCCCUUCUUGCGCACGCCCAGUGCCCCCGCCGGGACCCUCCAGCUGUCGCCUGGUGUCUACAGCCUGCCCACCAGUCCCAGCCGCUGGGCCAGUCCAGUUCCACCCCUCUCUCCCUCCUUCCCUCCCGGCGGGUCGCAGUGGGUAGGCUGAGUGCAGUCUUGGUGCUAAGGGAGUCGGAAUCGUUGCUCCGAGCCACUCACAUGUUGUCGGAGUGUCUGCCCGGUGCAAGAUGGAGCUCCAGUCUCUGUCCCCCGGGGCGGGCUGAAGACGCCUUGGGGAGCACGGGGUCUGUCCCGGGACCGCUGCCAGCCUUAUAUAGCACCAGGACAGCUCCGACUGACGUCAGCGAAGAACAUGAACUGAUUGUAGAAGCAAUGACAGCGGCAGCUUCGAGUCCAGCAACUUCGAGCCCCCAGAGGGGCACGCAUCCUGAUCCUGGAUCUAGCUUUGGAAGCACCCUGGCUGUAGAGGAGGGAGACGCUAGCUGAGGCAUAAAGAUUGCUCUUUCCGGAUGCAGAGUCCUUCCUGCACAUAGAACAGAAUAGGCUAGUCCGGGUUUUCUUCAAGAAAGAAAAGGAGCCUCAGGACCCGUGGAUCUGCCCAUGGUCCUGAAUUUACCAGCCCCUGAGAAUCCGCCCAAAAGCUCUGGGGAGACUCCUGUGCUGCUUAGACACAGUCCCCAGGCUGACUACCGAGUCUCCAAACUAAGGUCAGGAAUGUUCUGCCAGCAGGGACUCGACCAACACAGUCCCACACAAAGACCCUCUGCCCCAACUGGUCUGUCAGGGUUCUUGACCAUCUUACAGCAGCAGAAUCUAAAAUCUACAGGUAUCAGAUUGUACAUGAUAUAAAAAGGUUUGCUUUUCAGAACACAACUCACUGAUCCGUCUUUCUGAGUUUGAUAGACGUUAGCCCCUUCCCACCCAGAACCACAGCAAAAGUACUAUUAUACCUUUUUACCUUCUAGUUAAGAUCACUAGGUAGGAAGUGAGAAAACUUGGGCCCCAGUUCCUGCUGUGCCAUCAACACAUGGUGUGAUCAGGUUCAUUUCUGGAGAUGCUGGUGUCGAUCUUUGUAAAUGAAGGCCAGGCUUGAACAGCUCCAGUUUCCAGUUAUAGAUAUGUCUGCAGUCUCCUCAAGGGUUUUAUCCAUGACCGCUGCAGACUGCAGGUAAUAAUGUAUUUAUUUAUGUGUCCAUAAAGACACUCAGAAGGUCUCAAAGGGCACUGGGACCCAGAAAAGUUAGGACGACAGACGUUCUGGGCUAGGGAUGUAGCUCAGUGUUGGAGUACUUGACUAGCAUGUACAAGGCUGAGUCCAAUCCUGAACACGGGACAGAAACAUAUAUCUAUAGGAAGUGGGGAUGAGCUGGGCAGCAGUUGCGCACACCUUUAAUCCAAGCAUGCAAGAGACAGAGGCAGGUGGAUCCCAGUGAGUGUGAGGCCAGCCUGGUCUACAGGGGAAGUUCCAGGACAGCCAGAGUUACACAGAGAAAUAAUGUCUCAAAAACAAAGUAGGGAUGGGUAUUUUUUGGAGGAUGACUAUUAAUUGUUGGAAUAUGGGUGUAAAGUUGGCAAGGUCAUAUUAUUCUGUGGAAUAUUUGUGGAAUAUAUACUAUGUGGUAUAGGAAUAAGAGUAGUCAUGCUGCAUAAUGACCUUCUAGUCAAUGAUGACAACGUAUACAAUGGUGGCUUCAUAUAAUUACAAGAGAGUUGAAACAUCCUAUCACCUAGCAACAUUAGUUGUCAUGAUCAAUUCAUUAGUUGUGUAUUUGUGAUGAUGCUGGAGGAAACAUACUAUGCAGGAACAUGGAAUAUGGCUUGUGCAAUUAUGUACAGUAUGUACAAGUUAUUGAUAAAGGACAAUGUUACUGGUUUA